AUGGCUGAUGCUGUAAAGAAACCAACAACUUCAAAUCACAAUAAUUUGGGAGCAGCCUGCUACCGAUGCAGAGGAUUCAGACAUGCCUGCGAUAGAACCAAACCAGCUUGCUCUCGUUGCAAAAGAAGAGGCAUCACUUGCCAGUAUCCUGAAGCAGCACCCACCUUGAAGAAGCUACAGAAAGCAACAGAGACACUCAGUGAUCGAAUCAAGAAAUUCGGUGAUCUCCUCAAGACGGGCGAAAAUGGCGCAUUGCCUACAACAACAACAACAACAGCAAAACGAGGCAUCUCUCUGCAGAGAUUGGCUCAACCGAGAUCCUCCGUAGCACCUUCACCUCUAGAGAUGGAAUCACCCAUUUACAAUUACAACGACGCUCGCUCUUCCAUUUCCAUUCAUUCCAACGAUGCUGCCAGUUCGAUUGAUCAAGUCAUGACAACAGCAGCCGAAGAAGAGGAAGAUGGUAUGUCCACUACAAGCAGUAAUAUCAAUAAUCCAGUUGCUUCUACCAGCUCUUUUUCCGUUUAUCCAUGUAGUAAAUGCUACAAAGAUUUACAACAAUGUGAUCUCACAUUGCCCAGCUGUAGCAGAUGUGCUGGCAGCAAUUUUGAAUGCGUUUACAUGAAGACCGAACCUAAAGCAAACCACGUUUCUCAAGUGCUCAAUACAAUGAACAAAGUCAUGGAUCAAUGGCAAGACUCGAUCGACAAGAUGGCCAAAGACUUUGCUCAAAAGACUCGAGAUUUCGGUCAACGAGUAGAUCAGUCCUUCAAAAAGAAGCCUUUGCAGCCAUUUGCCUGGAAAAUCACAACGACCAACAAGGGCCUCUCGGUGGAAAGCAAUGUCAAUUCGUUCAAUGAUCUCUCCAAGCUAGUGGAUCAAUUCAAGAGAUCCAUGCACAUCACAUCGCGUGAUGACCAAGAUGCACAAGACGGUACUCGAGACUCUAUCAAAGGCGAAGACAACGAACGACACCGCAUGGCUCAGUCUGCUGAAUUGGACGACGCUAGUUCUAUACACACGUCUUCCGGUUUCUCUUUUGGUGUCUGGAACUCUUGGUCGCAUCCUACACACGUAUUGCCUGACGAUUAUCCCGUGGACAUAUCGCCUGAACUGACAGAUAGCUUGGUGGAAUUGUAUUGUAGAACACCUUGCUGCUCAGCCAUUCGUUUGCCUAUCGUGGAUACUACUGAAUUCUUGGCCCGUUAUCAUGACCCUGAUCCUGAAAAAAGACCCUCCACUGUGCUCAUUUAUGCUGUCUGCGCUAUGGCUGCUCGCAAUGCUUUCCAGAUGCAUGUCUGGAGCAAACGUCCUGCUCAUGAAACACCCAGUUACAAUAUGGGUAAAGCUCUCUCCAUGGCUUACUGUCUCAAGGGUCGUGAACAAUUAGCAGAGUGCUUUGACGAACCUACCAUUGAUAACUGUCAAGCUGCCUUCUUGUUAUCGUAUUGCAACCAUCAAAAUGGUUAUCCUGGUGUCAUCUACAUUUACGAGUGGAUCUCUUUUACAAUGGCACAGGAGCUGGGCCUUUACGACGAAGGUCGCGUAUUGGAUACAAGAGAAAGUAUCCUUGUCUGGUGCUUGUACUACUUUAAUACUUGGUAUCGUGUCUUGCAAGGUGUCUCCAACACGUCUGGUGAAUCUGACAGGUUUCACCCCAACUGCCCUCUGCCUCCUCCUCAGCCUAAGCCAGUGCUUGAUUUCAUGGACAUUGAUGCUGCUGAACCGCCUCAAGAAAUGAUCAAUUACUAUGUCUACACAGAGUGGUAUUGUAUGAUUCAACUGCAAGUGCUUCGUCACGAUGUGAUGAGUCGCUUACUGUCAGCCCAGGCAGCCGGUAAACAAGACACGACACUCUCCAUGGAUCUACUAGCGAUGCAAGAUAGACUGCAAGAGUUUUACGAUAAUCUACCCGUAGAAUGGAAGAACCCUGACUUGGAGUCCAUUGCUCUCGACCAAAUGGCCGCGGGUACGCCAGAACCAUGCUGUGGACAUGGUGGCCUCUAUAAUGGCUAUGGAGAGCAACAAGCAGAGCAACAAUACUAUCAUGUUGACAUUCAUGAAUUUGCAAGAUUCUGUAUCCUUAGUGUCCACGUCUACUACAACAUCAACAAGAUUCUGCUCUACCAAGCCUUCUUCCCUUCGGAUCAUGUACCCACCUCACCUUUCUCGGUACAGUGCCUCUAUACAUGUAUUGACGCCGCUUAUGCCAUCACUCAAACCUUAGAUAUCAUGGUGAAGCAUCAUGAUGAAUGUAAUAUCCCGCUAUUGGGGUUCUUGUUUGCCAAUAUGGUGUACAUCAAACUAUUGAACUAUGCCGAUGAUCAGUACCAAGAAUUUGCUCAGCGAUGUCUAGCGCAAUCCGUCAAUGUAUCCAAAAUGUCCAAGGCGUAUCUGUAUGAUUUCGAAAUGACACGCAACUUGGUCAGUGUGAUGGAGCUGGAUGUCCGUAAUGCCUGUGGUGGAAGACCGCUAAGUGUAGUCGAUGAUGACAUGCUGUAUCCCUUCAUUGUGCCUUCUCCUCCAACUCUGCCUCCGUUUGCUCCUCAACAACCUUUCCAAUAA